GCUAGUCACUUAAGUUUUUGGUUUUCUCCAGCUCACAACAAGCACCCAACUAACAAUCUCAAAAUGAAAUUCGUCAUUGUUUUCGUUGCUCUUUUCGGUUUGGCUUUAGCCGCUCCACCCCAGGAUGCUGUUGUCACCCGUCAGGAUUCUGAAGUAGGACCUCAAAGCUACCAAUACGCUGUUGAAACCAGUGAUGGCAAGUCUGCCAGCGAAGAAGGUCAUAUUGAGAACCUUGGAGCCGAAGAUGAGGCUAUCUCAGUCAAGGGUCAAUUCAGUUACAUCGGUGAAGAUGGUGUCACCUACCAAGUCACCUACAUUGCCGACAAGAACGGUUUCCAACCCCAAGGUGCUCAUUUGCCAGUUGAACCAAAAGUUUAAGCUUUAACUGACUCCUUGUGAUCUAUGUAUUAAACCUGCCUAUCUCUAUCUAUUUAUUGUGAAUUUCUU